GAGGUUCAACUCCCAUACAACACAUACUACCCAAUGAAUACCGGAAGCUUGCCACACACUUAAGAAGGAUGUCGCUUAUUUUUACAGAACAACUUUCUACAUCAGAUGGUAAUACUAUGUUAACCCUAUUCGAUUUAAUGGUUUAUCAGAAUUCCCCACAGGUUGGACGUGAACCUGCUUGGUUCAAUCGGCUACAAACCUUAUUAACUGUUAAUAUCACCUCAAGAGAACUGCGACAAAAAACGCCACAUAUUAAAAACUAUUACUUUAACUUUUCUCCUCCAGUAAAAAUAGCUAGAACCAACCCUUACGUACUUG